AGGUGACGCUGCCGAGUCCCCGCAGCAGGGGACGAGCAAGGGACUCGUGGUUGACGGGACACGGAUCCUCUAAGGCCCAGAGUGUCCCGAGUAGCGGCAGUGGGGAGUGCUCAGAGUACGCUAAUGAUCUGUGUCUUGUAAAGAGCAUAUUGCUGGGCUUACAUCCGUUUAUCUUGUUUGACUGUUAUUUUAAUAGGUCCUGGCUCCACAAGGAUAAAACACAUCUGCAGUGCAAAUAGAAGUCUGAGGAACAGGUGUCUAUCAUGGAAGGAGACCUGACCUGAGACCUGCCUUAGAGGCUGGAGAGUCCUGAAAGAGAGUGGACCCUGGAGUUGCUGGAGCUUGUCUUGACCCUUCUGCCCAGAGCAGGCAGGGUCUGAAUGACAUCUUAAUCUUCAGUGAUCAGCAAUAGCUGUGUGACAAUGGAGCGUUUGAGCCACAUGAUGGAAAGGAAAGCUUGGUGUUCUCAGGAGUCUGCCCUUUCCGAGGAAGAAGAGGAUACAACCAGGCCUCUUGAAACAGUGACAUUUAAGGAUGUGGCUGUUGACCUUACCCAGGAGGAGUGGGAGCAGAUGAAACCUGCUCAAAGGAACUUGUAUCGAGAUGUGAUGCUGGAGAACUACAGCAACCUAGUCACAGUGGGCUGUCAAGUCACCAAACCGGAUGUGAUAUUCAAGUUGGAGCAAGAAGAGGAGCCCUGGGUGAUGGAGGAAGAAAUGUUUGGGAGGCACUGUCCAGAAGUUUGGGAAGUUGAUGAACAGAUCAAGAAGCAACAGGAAACACUUGUGAGGAAAGUCACAUCCAUCUCCAAGAAAAUUCUGAUAAAGGAAAAAGUCAUUGAAUGUAAAAAAGUUGCAAAAAUAUUUCCUCUGAGUUCAGACAUUGUUACUUCAAGACAAAGCUUCUAUGACUGUGACUCACUUGAUAAGGAUUUGGAACGUAAUUUAGACUUACUUAGAUAUGAGAAAGGCUGUGUAAGAGAGAAACACAGUAAUGAGUUUGGGAAACCAUUUUACCAUUAUGCAUCCUGUGUUGUAACCCCCUUUAAGUGUAAUCAGUGUGGACAAGACUUCAGUCAUAAAUUUGACCUCAUUAGACAUGAGCGAAUUCAUGCUGGAGAGAAACCUUACGAAUGUAAAGAAUGUGGAAAAGCCUUCAGUAGGAAGGAAAAUCUUAUUACACAUCAGAAAAUUCAUACUGGGGAAAAACCAUAUAAGUGUAAUGAAUGUGGAAAAGCUUUCAUUCAGAUGUCAAACCUUAUUAGACACCACAGAAUUCAUACUGGGGAGAAACCUUAUGCAUGUAAGGAUUGUUGGAAAGCCUUCAGUCAGAAAUCAAAUCUCAUUGAACACAAGCGAAUUCACACUGGAGAGAAACCCUAUGAAUGUAAGGAAUGUGGGAAGUCCUUCAGCCAGAAGCAAAAUCUUAUUGAGCAUGAGAAAAUUCAUACUGGGGAGAAACCUUAUGCAUGUAAUGAAUGUGGUAGAGCUUUUUCUCGAAUGUCAUCUGUUACACUACAUAUGAGAAGUCACACAGGGGAGAAACCCUAUAAAUGUAAUAAAUGUGGAAAAGCUUUCUCUCAAUGCUCAGUAUUUAUUAUACAUAUGAGAAGUCACACUGGUGAGAAACCCUAUGUAUGUAGCGAAUGUGGGAAAGCCUUCUCUCAAAGUUCAUCCCUUACCGUACAUAUGCGAAAUCAUACAGCUGAGAAACCCUAUGAAUGUAAGGAAUGUGGAAAAGCCUUCAGCAGGAAAGAAAAUCUCAUUACACAUCAGAAAAUUCACACCGGAGAGAAACCUUACGAAUGCAGUGAAUGUGGGAAAGCUUUUAUUCAGAUGUCAAACCUCAUUCGACACGAGAGAAUUCAUACGGGUGAGAAACCCUAUGCAUGUACGAUAUGUGGAAAAGCCUUUAGUCAGAAAUCAAACCUCACUGAACAUGAGAAAAUUCAUACUGGAGAGAAACCUUAUCAUUGUAAUCAGUGUGGGAAAGCUUUCAGUCAAAGACAAAAUCUUCUUGAGCAUGAAAAAAUUCAUACUGGAGAGAAACCAUUCAAAUGUAAUGAAUGUGGUAAAGCCUUCUCUCGAAUCUCAUCCCUCACUCUUCAUGUGAGAAGUCACACAGGGGAGAAACCCUAUGAAUGUAAUAAAUGUGGGAAAGCCUUUUCUCAGUGCUCAUUACUUAUUAUACAUAUGAGAAGUCAUACUGGUGAGAAACCGUUUGAAUGUAAUGAAUGUGGGAAAGCAUUCUCUCAAAGAGCAUCCCUUUCUAUACAUAAGAGAGGUCAUACAGGUGAGAGACACCGAGUAUAUUAAAUAAAAGAAGGCCUCUUAAAUUCAACCCAUGUUUUACUUAAAAUAUCUUGGCAUAAGCUCAAAAAAACCAGGAUCUUUAUGGAAAAAUUUUAAUACUUUGUUAAAAGAUGUAAGACUGGAAUGAAUGGAAAGAAAUACCAUAUAUAUAGAUGGAAAAACCCAGUAUUAUAAAAACCUCAAUUCUAAAAAUCUAUAGACUGAAUGCAGUUCCAAACAAAAUCUACUAAGAAUUUUCUAGGAUCUUUCAAAAAUGGUUAUAAAAUUCAUGUGAAAUAGAAGUGUAUGGAUUGCUGAGACAAUUUUGAAAAGAACAAAGGAAACACCCUCACUGUAUGACAUAAAGUUAUAGUCAUUUAAAAAUGUGUGAUACUAGUACAUUAGUAGGUAAAUAAGCAGAUUUUAAAGAAUAGAAUAUCCAGAAGCAGACCGGGCGCGGUGGCUCAAGCCUGUAAUCCCAGCACUUUGGGAGGCCGAGGCGGGUGGAUCACGAGGUCAGGAGAUCGAGACCAUCCUGGCUAACACGGUGAAACCCCGUCUCUACUAAAAAAUACAAAAAAAUUAGCCGGGCGUGCUGGCGGGCGCCUGUGGUCCCAGCUACUUGGGAGGCUGAGGCAGGAGAAUGGCGUGAACCCAGGAGGUGGAGGUUGCAGUGAGCCGAGAUCGCGCCACCGCACUCCAGCCUGGGGGACAGAGAAAGACUCCGUCUCAAAAAAAAAAAAAAAAAGAAUAUCCAGAAGCAGAUUCAUGAAUAUAUGUGAACUCAGUGUAUGUUAGACCUGACAUGAAUUAGUAGGGAAAUGAUGACCCAGUCAAUAAAAUUGCUGGAAAUAUUUGACUCUCUGUAUUGGAGAAAAUAAAAUUACAACAUUAUGACAUAUUAAAAAAUCAAUAUUCUUUUUUUUUUUUUUGAGACAAGGGUCUCACUCUGUCGCCCAGGCUGAAGUACAGUGGUGCAAUCUCAGCUCACUGCAGCCUCUGCCUCCCGGGUUCUAUUUUUUUUUUUUUUUUUUUUGUAUUUUUAGUAGAGAUGGGGUUUCACCAUGUUGGCCAGGCUAGUCUUGAACUCCUGACUUCAAGUGAUCUGCCCUCUUUGGCCUCCCAAAGUGCUGGGGUUUACAGGCUUGAGCCACUGCACCUGGCCAAAAAAUUAAUAUUCUAAAGGAUUUAAAUACUGGAAUUUGAAAAGCCAAACUGUGAAACCACUGGGAGAAAAUAGGUGAUAUUGUCUAUGACGUUGAGGCCAAGGAGCUUUUUUUUUUUUUUUUUUUUUUUUAAGACGAAAGGACUCUGUAAUUCCACUUCUAGGUAUACAUCCUAUAGAAACUCACAAAUAAUGCAUAAGAAAUAUAUAUAUAAUAUAUGUAUGUAUGUAUAGCCAGAUGCAGUGGCACAUGCCUAUAAUCCCAGCUACUUGGGAGGCUGAUAGAAGAAGAUAACUUGAGCUUGGGAGUUCAAGACCAGCCUGGGAAACAUAGCAAGACCCCAUCUCUUAAAAAAAAGGAAAUAUGUAGACAUAUAUCUGCAUUGAAAACAACCUAAAUAUUCAUCAGUGGGGUAAUAGAUGAAUAAAAUAUGAUAUAUUCAAAUGAUAGAAUAGUAUACAGCACUUAAAAGCAGUGAAUCAGAUCCAUAUUGUGUAACAUGGAUAGUUAAUGUUGAAUGAAAAAAAUCAAAAUACAAAUGAAGCAUUGUGUAAUAAUAUUUAUGUAAAUUGGAAUGAAAUCAUUUAUAAAAAAACUGUUUCUAUUAUUGAAAAGUGUAUGUAAAACUAUUUAAAAUAGAAUAGAAGGAUACACGCCCAAUUAUUGAUAGCAUUGUCUCUGGAAAUUGAAUUUGAGGCCGUUGAUUAAAGGGAGACUUUAGCUUUGCUUGUAGUUUUUAUGCCUUAAAAAAGACUGGUAGCAUAUAAAAUAAAUCUUAAAAGCUAACGAUACACAAUGACAAUAUGAAUGUUUGCUUGUAAUAGUGUUUUUCUUGUUCUUUCUCAGAACAGGCCAAGGGAAACCUGUGCCCAUAGAAGGAAAUGUUAUAAUGGAUUCAUAUGCUCUAUCAGAUGCUCAACUAUUUUAUGAAAAAUAUGUCUAGAAAAUUAGUAAUUAGAAUAUUCCUGUUUAUUAUAUAAUGUGAAAUUAGCACAUUUUAACAGCUUGAUGAUGCUUUUUUUUAUAUUUUAACGUUUCUGAAAUUGGACUCCUUUCAACUGAUGAUAUCUUAGAUUCAAGUAAAUAUUUAAUUAUUAAAAAUUUGAAAAUCAGAUGCCAGUAUAACAAAUGAAAUGUGU